AUGGCAUCAGAUGGGAACUUGGCUGAGUUGCUAAAAAACUAUUAUAAGUGGAGAAAGGAAUGUCCAGAAAUAAGUGCAGAUCUACACCCCAGAAGUAUUCUUGGUCUUCUGAAGGCUGGCUACCAUGGAGUCCUGAGAUCCAGGGAUCCCACUGGCAGCAAAGUUCUUAUUUACAGAAUUGCACACUGGGACCCAAAAGUUUUUACAGCUUAUGAUGUAUUUCGUGUAAGUCUAAUCACAUCCGAGCUUAUUGUACAGGAGGUAGAAACUCAACGAAAUGGCAUCAAGGCUGUAUUUGACCUGGAAGGCUGGCAGUUUUCUCAUGCUUUUCAAAUUACCCCAUCUGUUGCCAAGAAAAUUGCUGCUGUACUUACAGAUUCCUUUCCACUGAAAGUUCGUGGCAUCCAUUUGAUAAAUGAGCCAGUAAUUUUUCAUGCUGUAUUUUCCAUGAUUAAACCAUUCCUGACUGAAAAAAUUAAGAAUCGGAUUCAUAUGCAUGGAAGCAAUUAUAAACAAAGCUUACUUCAGCAUUUUCCAGACAUUCUUCCUCUGGAAUAUGGUGGUGAAGAAUUCUCCAUGGAGAACAUUUGUCAGGAGUGGACAAAUUUUAUAAUGAAGUCUGAAGAUUAUCUCAGCAGCAUUUCUGAGACUAUUCAAUGAGAAGAAGUUAUUUCAUGUGAACGACUUCCUAAUUAAAAAUAUGUGAAUGAGAUCUUACCUGGUUAGCUAAUUAAUGCUUGUCUGAUGUUGAAAAAUGUAAAAAUCUUCUGACAAGAGCAACAUGGGUAUUUGGGAAGCUUUUUUACUUUUUAAAUGCAUUUUUCUUUUUUACUUUUAAAGUAAUUGUUAGUGCACUUUAAAAGCACAGAAGAGAUUGCCAAUUUUUGCACUUGAGGAGAUAACACAGAAAGUUAUUUCUAAAGUAGCUAUUUAUGUGCCUCUUUGUAUGUUUCCAGAAGGUUUCAUUUUAAACAAGUUCUCUGAUUACAUUGGUUUAGUAAUAAAUUUAUAAAUAGUCC